ACCCAAACAGUGAGAGACACUGAAAAAGAAGGAAAGAGAGAGAGAGCAGAGAGAGAGAGAGCGUUAGAAUUAAGACAUGGGAGCCUGCAAGAACGCGAUCAGUUGCUGGCGAUCGAUGGGCAGCCCCUAGACGUCUCUCACCAGGAGGCCAUCAAGAUCCUGCAGCAGACCGCGGGUAUCGUGGAGAUUGUGGUGGCCCGUGGGCCUGCCCCCCACUCCCCCAGCCUGCGCACCCCGCCCGGCGCUGACCUGACUGAUACAGACCACACUGCCACACAGCCCAACAGUCUGGAAACAGAUAUGUUGAACACAGAAUGGACACAGAUUGAAGUUAUUGACCUUAUUAACGACGGCACAGGACUGGGUUUCGGAAUUAUUGGAGGGCGCAGUACGGGCGUGGUCGUCAAGACGAUACUCCCUGCAGGCGUGGCUCACGUGGAUGGUCGACUGCACAGCGGUGACCACAUCAUACAGAUCGGCAAUGUUGAUGUGCGGGGAUACGGCUCCGAACAGGUGGCUCAGGUGCUGCGCCAGGCCGGUAGCCAUGUGCGCCUCAUUGUGGCUCGACCAAUCAAUGAGCCCUCAGGGGACCUGAACCCAGAGGCCCCCAUCGUUCCCACGGUACACCUGAACGAACACCUGGAGCAGAUCAUGGACCUGCUGGCCAAGCAAGAUCAGAUGAUCAUUGAGAAGCAGGCGGAAAUGGACCAGCACUUUCUUUAUGAGCGUCAGCAGCAACGGCAGCGGGAUAUGAUGCUCAACGUGGACAUUCACGUGCCUCAAUACCAGGAUGAACUGUCUACGCCCGAGGUGGUCUAUUUUGACGUGACGCUGAUUAAGGAUGCCCAACAUGGUCUCGGGAUUACGAUCGCUGGAUAUAUCGGUCGCGAUAAUGAACCAGAUGACCUCUGUGGUAUAUUCGUGAAGAGCAUUGGGAAAGGAAGCGCAGCAGAGCAGGACGGCCAGAUUCAAGUGAACGACCAGAUUAUUGAGGUGAACGGUCAGGCACUUCAAGGUUUCACCAACCAUCAGGCCGUGGAUGUUCUGAAGAACACAGGGCAGAAAGUAAACCUGAAACUUGCACGCUAUGUGCACGGCGCCAAGUUUCAGAAGCUACAAGAGUACCUCGCCCAGCCCCAGGUGUACACCCAGCCUGCUUCCGUGCACCCUGCGGUGAACCCAGAGGUCACCAUGGAGACGCGGACCCUACAGGGUCAAGGCCAGCAGCCAAUAGUCGACCCGGAGGAUGUAGACCUCCAGCAGGUGUCAGACGACAUGGAAGGGGAGCUUACUCCAGACAUCGAAGCGGCAAUCAGUUCGUGUUGGGAGCCCAUAGUUGGGGAUGAAUUUGAUAUUGUGGUCGCCCAGCUGUCAAAGUUCAAGGAGAGCAGUGGUCUGGGUAUAAGCCUGGAGGGAACGGUGGACGUAGAGAAUGGGGUGGAGGUACGCCCCCACCACUACAUCCGCGCCAUACUGCCUGACGGACCCGUAGGCGUCAACGGGAGACUUCGCAGUGGAGACGAGCUACUUGAGGUGAAUGGAAAGCGUCUUCUGGGAUUGAACCACAAGGAGGUUGUGGGAAUUCUUAAGCAGCUGCCUCAGAACGUCCGUCUAGUGUGCGCUCGCAAGAAAACGCUUCUCAAUGGGAACGAAAACUAUGCAGAACCAGAGUCUGAAUUCCAGACUCCUUCGCUAAACUCUGGUGCCCCUUUCGAGGUUGCGACUGAGCGUCUUGUGAAAUCUAAAUCAGACAAUGCACUCUCUGAGCCAGCAGCUCAAUCAAACUUGGCUGGCAAAAAGUCGAGGUCGCUGGAACCGCUGAGCGGACUGGCAAUGUGGAGUAAAAAUACGAUGGUGAUAGAACUGCGCAAGGGCGAUAAAGGGCUGGGAUUUAGCAUUCUGGACUACCAGGAUCCAGUGAACCCUGGUGAAACUGUGAUAGUGAUCCGUAGCCUUGUACCAGGCGGUGUGGCCCAGCUUGAUGGUAGACUGGUGCCCGGUGACCGUCUCAUCUUUGUGAAUGAAGUCAACCUGGAGAGUGCCACACUUGAGGAGGCUGUGCAGACUCUUAAAGGUGCUCAAAAGGGUGUGGUACAGAUAGGGGUGGCCAAGCCGCUUCCUCUAAGCGGGGACUUCCAGAAGGGCCAGGGGGAGGAGCAAGAUGAUGGGGAGGAGAUUGUUGCUGACACCAAUAUAUCAGCCUACGCCACCCAGCCUAUGCAUGAGCCCGUCCCGCAUGGCGUUACCCACAAUUACAUGAACUUACAAGAACUUGAAGCUGCAAACAGUCUUCCAAUACUGUCGGGUCUAGCGCGAUCCCAGGGGUCCUUUUCUUCACAGAGUUCUGAAAGCGUUGCAGACGACGAAAUUACUGACCAGGUUCAUGACCUUUCGGGUCAAGGUCAUGGUCGCAACCUUUCGGAUGUAGACAAAGGUCAGGCUGUCAAACAUGGCCGUACUGAGAGCAAGGACAGUUUUUAUGAGUCUGAUAAAGAAGAGUUGUCUUUCUCGAUGCCGCCAAAAACUGUAGUGGAUUCAGUACCUCGUGAUGAAAGGCCACAGCUGAAGGAGAAGCCUCAGACAAAAAUGAGGCCAGUGCCGUUACCGCGGCGAUCAGAAAACCAUUCCUACGAAAAUGAAGAUGCCAUUGAAUUGUUGAAAGAGCAUGAGGAUUCCAUCAAGGUGGGUUUAAUGGUGCAGGAAUCCAUGCCCAUGUCGGCGGCAGAACUUGAGCUUAGUUAUGACGACUCGACCUUGAAGUCGAUGGUACUGAAACAGAACUUUGUGAAAGCUGGUGGAGACUACAUGGACAUAACGGAUUCUGGGAAUACGUCUCUUGCUCCUUUACCAUCGUACGAAGAGGCAGUAUCGGGCGAUGUGGAGUUUUUCAACAUGGACGACCUGGAAGCGCCCCCUGUACCCACUCGUGAUGACUCGCACGCGGCUAUGGUUACAAAGUCAGUUUCGAGCGAUAGCUCGUCUUCGUCCGAUGAGCCCCCUGUAUCUGCGGUAGUUAAGCCUGUGAGAAAGCCCAAAACACCCCGACCUUCUCCGAGAAACAACACCACCAACAAGGAUUCACCGAGAAAUUCACGGCCCCGCCCUCCCAUACCCCCUAAACCUAAGUCUGCCCCUGUUGGGUCGCCUCAGGGCAAGGAUGAGCCACCCCCACUUCCAGUUUCAUCACCACCACCAAUUGCUGCUUUAGACAAGGAAACUAAGGAUUUGUUAGAGUGGAUUGCGCCGGUAAGCCAAUCCUUUGACCAGAAUCCAUCACGAACGUCUCCUGGUGUUGUUUCCAUGACGACCAGUGUAGAGAGUUCGUUGCCUAGUGACCAAUCGACGGUGAUAGACCAGACAAACGCUCUCAAUCAGUCCUCCUCAUCAGAUACAUUUAACACAAGUGACCUUAAGGCUGCGUCAGCAUCAUCUUCCUCUACGUCGCGCACUGCUUCGCCGGGCAUGUCCCCACUAAGCUCUCCCGGCCUGGCGCGAUCCUUAUCAGGACCUGAAGCAUUUCCCAUCUCCCUCGAGAAGCGUGUCUUACUGAAGAGAUCUCAGAAUAACCUUGGAAUUAUUAGAAUGGAUUUUCUUGGUAUGACAGUGGAAGCAACGGACAAAGGUUUCAACGGUUGUGUGGUGAAGACUCUCACUAAGAGUGGGGCAGUCUUUAAGGACGGGAAGAUUAAGGUGGGCGAUUAUAUCAUGUCGAUCAACAACGAAAGCAUGCGUCGGAUUACCAAUGCUCAGGCUCGCGUGAUACUGCGGCGGAUGUCUCUCAUGAACAAUACAGAUAUCAGCAUCACCUAUGUGAGCGCCGCCGAUGGUGCAGCUCACCUAGCAAUGGUUGCCAAGCGACCGCCGGAGAGUCCCAACUCGCCCAAGAUGAUGACUUCACCAAAGUCAACUCUUAGCCCAAUAACAAAACGAGCCUCAAGUAGUGCAUCCGACGGGAGCAACCCCUCGUCCCCACUUGCCUCGCCCCGCAAGACACCCAUGUCACCCACCCAGAAGACCUCACCCAUUCAGGAAGACCAGACCCCUAGUAGCGAGAGCCUUAAGACGACCCCUACAAAGGCUAAGGAGACCAUUGUUGUUGCUGGGAACCAGACAUGGGGACCGCCCAGGCUUGUUGAGCUGUACAGAGAACCAGGCAAAACCCUGGGAAUCAGUAUUGUGGGUGGCCGUGUGGACAUGUUCCACAUGACUGAGGAGCACAUGAUCUCAGGAAUCUUCAUCAAACACGUGCUUGAGGACAGUCCAGCCGGCCGCAAUGGAACCCUCAAGACCGGAGACAAGAUCCUUAAAGUUGACGGGAAGGACUUGAGAAACGCCACCCACGACCAGGCAGUAGAGACAAUACGGAAUGCAAGCAACCCCGUCAAGUUUGUGGUACAGAGUCUUACAGACCCUGCCUGUCCUCGCGACAUUGAUUCUGACAGGAAGUCAGUGCAAUCGUAUGACGAGGCAGCGCAACAACUCUCGCUGCAGACCCAAGCAGAAGUCACAAAGGUUGUGGCAGGGGUAACAAAGGUCACAGCAGAAGUCACAAAAGUUGCCCCACUUGCUGAGGAGCCACCGAUACAGACCAGCUCGCCUGUGAGACAACUUGAGACUGGACCCCCACCAGAAGUUCCUGACACAGCGAGCGAUACUAGGCAACAGCUGGAGGAAGAUGUAGAUGAAUAUGGCUACUCUAUGGAACGUAUUCAACGCCGCUAUGGUGACCUGAACGGGGAGCUGCAUCUGGUGGAUCUUGUGCGAGGAACCAGCGGGCUGGGAAUCAGCCUUGCAGGCAACAAGGACCGCAACACGAUGAGCGUCUUUGUUGCCGGGAUACAACCGGACAGCGCUGCAGACCAAGAUGGCCGCAUCAUCGUGGGUGAUGAGCUGCUGGAGGUGAAUGGCAAUGUCCUAUAUGGUCGAAGCCACCUCAACGCCUCCGCGAUUAUCAAAGGACUCACAACACCUGUGAUUAAAAUAGUUCUCCUGAGGAGAGAUGACAAUCUGGAGAGAAUGGCUGUGAAGCCUCAGAAGUUGACCUCGCCUGUCCUCAAACAUGAUCAAAAAGGAGAGGUCAACCAGCUGAGUAGCCCCUCCUCUGACCCCGCGACCUUGAGCCCCACUCCCUCGGAGGAGAGACCCCCUGCCCCACUGGCCGUCAACACACCCCAGACACAGGACGUCAUACAAGUGAUCAGUCUCAACAAGGGACCAAGUGGCCUGGGGUUUGCAAUUGUUGAGGAGAGUCCAGAGGGCCGGCCCGGGAUCUAUGUGCGCAACAUCACAUAUGGGGGCGUGGCCGAGAGGGACGGGCGCCUCUCGGUCGGGGAUCAGCUACUUGAGGUUCAGGAUAAAAACCUGCAGGACGUCCAUUAUGAUAAGGCUAUCAAAAUUCUACGCAAACUUCAAGGCACAGUGAGAUUAAAGUUGCGAAAAUGCAAUAAUGAUCUGACCCAGCUUGCUCAAAACAAUGUCCAUGGGCCAAUCACUCUGUCUAAUCCUCCAGGUGAAUCCUCUACUGAUCCCAGCACAGCCAUUCAGACGUCAGAACAGGAGUCACAUGACCCACUCACCUGUCCCAUAAUUCCUGGACAGGAAACAUUCAUCACCAUAGAGAAGGGUGGGACAGGGCUAGGCCUGAGCAUCGUUGGGGGCUCUGACACACUUUUAGGGGCCAUUAUCAUUCAUGAGGUUUAUGAGGAGGGGGCUGCAGCUAGGGACGGAAGAUUGUGGGCAGGAGAUCAAAUACUUGAGGUGAAUGUUGAAAAUCUCCGUGAGGCUACACACGACUAUGCAAUUCAAGUGUUACGCCAGACCCCACCAACAGUUAACAUGCUCGUGUUCCGUGACGACGCGCACGUGAAAGAAGAAGAUAUCUACGAUAUCUUCACAGUGGAACUCGUGAAAAAGCCAGGCAAGGGUCUUGGACUGAGUAUUGUAGGAAAGCGAAAUGACGUUGGUGUUUACAUAUCAGAUAUUGUGAAAGGCGGCGCGGCGGAGUCCGAUGGGAGACUGAUGCAGGGCGACCAGAUUCUGUCUGUGAACACAGAGGAUAUGAGGAGUGUUACACAGGAAUAUGCAGCUGCUGUGCUCAAAACCACUAUGGGUAAGGUGAGCCUCACAGUCGGGCGUUUGAAAGCGGGCUCACGUACCUCGUCACGUAAAAACUCAAACAACGCAGGCUCCAGCCUCCAGAAAUCAGCCUCCUCUGCCAGCAAUAAGUCCAAAGGAAAACAUUCGAAAAAAGGCAGCGAGGACAUGAGUCACAUACGGGUUGUGGAGCUGGAGCAGGACGCCCAGGGCUCCCUGGGGCUCAGUAUUGCAGGUGGCAUGGGCUCCUCCCUGGGCGACAUGCCCAUCAUGGUGGCCAACCUGACCCCGGGGGGACCAGCUGAGAGGUCACGCAAGCUCAAGGUUGGAGACAAAAUCCUCAGUGUGAACGGUGUCAGCAUGGAGAAGAUGGACCACGACCAGGUGGUCACAUUGCUCAAGUCUGCGCACGGACCAAUCACAUUGCAUGUCACACAGGGUGAGGCUACAGCAGUGAGUGUCAGUGGCCGCUCCUCCUCUACGCGGGGCUCCACACGGGGCAGCAGCAGCACCCCGAAGGUGGCCCCGCCCACCACCCCAACCCCUCAGGAAAACAACGUGUUCACUGAUGAAGAGGUAUCAGACCAGUACAAGACUAUUGUCCUGGAGCGCGGCGCUGAUGGCCUUGGCUUCUCAAUCGUAGGAGGUCACGGCAGUCCGCAUGGUGACCUUCCAAUCUACGUGAAAAACGUCUUCACCAAGGGGGCAGCAGCAGAGAACGGCCAAUUGAAACGCGGCGAUCAGAUUUUGUCAGUGAACGGGGCCAGUUUGGAGGGGCUUACGCAUGAGGAGGCAGUUAAUAUUCUGAAAAAUGCAAAAGGUUCUGUGAUAAUGAAUGUGUUGUCCUAGCAGCUGCAACUGGUGUGACCCUUUAUAACCAUAACAACUCAUGGUGAAGGAUAUUUUAUGGAACAGCCUAAAGCAUUUUUUUGAUAUUCAUCAUUUUGCACUUUUCAACAGUUUAGCAUUUAUUGUCUCCAAUUUUUCUGGUAUAAUUAAAUUCAUGUUAAUGUUUUAUUUCAUUAUAUGCACUAUGAGAUAUUAAAUUCAUAUUUUAUAAAGAGCUGCUUGUUCUUGAAUGUGCCAUAAUGAAAAUUGUGGUCAAAUAAAACUUUUCCAAUUUUAAAUCAGUUAUAUGAACAUUGCUUGUUGUAGAGGUUUUAAACAUGUAGACCGGUUGUAACAAGAACUUGUAUAUAUUACAAAUAUCAAAAUAUUUCUUAUAUUCAAUAAAAUGGUCUAGAAUUUAUCAAAAUAGCAAAAAUCUUUGUACUAAGUUAGUUUCAGGUAAAGGGAAUUUUUAGAUUGCAAUAUACAAUUGCGUACGUAACAGACCAAUUUAUAUGGUUAUGUGUUUUAGAUAGAUAGAAAAUACAAAACAUGACUUUGUAUGGAGUUAUAACAAUAUUUUUGUCUUUAUUCUGCUGUCUAUUCCAUAGUUUAUUACUAGUUGUGGUUUUAAUGUUACACUGAUUUGUUUUUGUUUGUUUAAUAUUUUUAUAUUAAAAUGGUUGUGAAUUUAGGCAUGUGUAUAUCUGUAUUGUAGUUCAUGGUGGCCGAAAUAAAUACUGAACCCACCCAUAAAACAGUUUCGAUAACAAUCAACAUUUCAUAAAACAGAAGACAUGCAAAAAGUAGUAUUUUCAGAAAAAAUAUCAUUUUUCCUUAAAUUUUGUUUUUCACCAUUCCAUAAGUCCAUAAGUGAAUUAUGAUUUGUAAAUGAUACUUGUAAAAGAUUUAAAAUGAUCAUUAACUAACAUAAUAUCGAAAUAUUUAUUUAUGUAAAAAAUAUAGAGAAAGAAAAACAGAACUGUAUAGCUAUAUAAUUUCAAACUUAUAUAAAUGAAUAACAGGACUUCUGCUCAUUUUAAUUCAGACUUAAACUUUAAUUUUUCCACAACUAAUUGACAAACACUGCUCUAAAUUUACUGAAAUUCUUAAAGCAUUUUAAUACCUUAUAUAACUUAUUUAAUAAUCUUCAACACUUUGUUCUGUAGAUUUACAUGACCAUCUGCAAAUCAUGUAUGUUUUUUGCAAUUAUUAUUCCCUUUUAAUGUUUAUCCAAUUAAAUGUCUUAACAUUCCAUCUUCUGUUAAAAUAUCAACCGUUUCCUUUCAAUAAUUGUUAAACAUUGAUGUACAUACUAGUACAUGUUAGAAAAUGUUUUAUGCAACUGUAGUUAGUUUCAUAUUAGAAAAUAGUUGCCAGUCUGUGUUUAGUAUUAAAAUUGCAGUGUUAAACUAUGUUGCCACUGCUUUCUAUAGUUAUUUGAAUAUUGUUAUCGUUUUGCACUUUUACAUUUAGUUGAAUUGUGCAUUUAAUUCUCAUAUCUAUAUUAUAACCUUUACAAACAAGAUUCCGUAAUAAAUGAAAACACUGAAA